AUGUAUACAAGUGAAAGUGUGCAAGAACAUAUACUUUAUGAUAAAAUAUACCAAUAUCUUUGGGUGAAAUCUGAAACAUCUAAUCCACCUUCUAUAUUAAUACCAGAUACUGUGAUAUUAAUUAGAUCAAUGCCAAUUUAUUGGUAUUUUACAGACAAAGAAACAGGAGAAGUGAAAAAAAAAAUGAGAAAAAACGUUACUAAAGAAAAUAUAAGAGAAACAUGGUUAAAUUAAGUUGGAAAAUCUGGAGUAGUAGGAUAUCUAUUGCAUUUUAUGUAUAAAUAAUAUGAUUUACAACUUUAAGUGAGAAUUUAGACUUGAAUUAUCCUCCAGACAAAUUAAAAAUAAGUGGUUAAAUUUAAAUUGUAUAUUUUGAUGAAAAAGGAUUUGAUGAUUUUAUGAAUUCUAAUUUGGAGCUUCCAUUUGGAAUACUUUAACGAUACGUUGAAGCAGCAGACGAUAAAAAUUGUAUAAAUAUAAUAUAAUUUAGCAUAAAUUUAGGCAUAUUGGAGCAAAUCAGUUACAUUAUUUACAAAAAGAAUGACUAAGAAAAGUUAUUUAAAUAAAUCAAUGAAUAUUUAUGAGAGACUUUGUACAUUUGAAGGACCUGAAUAUUUGAGUGAAGCAAGUAAAAUUUCUUGAUUCUAUUGUAAAUAUAGCUUAGGUGAAAGAUUUUUAAUCUUAAAGAAUAUCUGAAUAGAUUGAAAAGAUGAUUAAUCAUUUAGAUGCAAUAUCUUUUGGAAAAUUGAAUAUAAGUUAAGGAACUUUUUAUUUUAAAGUUGAUAAAUAAGCAAAAUGUUGGUUUCUUUUUUGUGGUAGUUUAAAAUUUGAUGAUGAUAAACAUUAUAAGAAUUAUCCAAAAGAUUUAUAUACUCAAUCUUAAAUUUAAAUACCAAAAUCAGUAGAUGGAAUUAUGUCAGUCUAUAGUCAAAGACCAUUAUAAUUAAAUAAAGAAUCUAAAUGUAUUAAAUGUGGUAACAUUGAUAAAGAGAAUAAUUUUAUAUCAAUUCCAUAUCAUUAUAUAUUAGAUUAAGAUGAAUCUAAUUUACCAGCUGACUAAUGGCCAAAUGAAAUUAAAAAGGAAGCAAAAACUGUUAAAAUUGCAGGUGGUAAUAAUAUAACUGAAGCUUUCUUAAAUACAAUAACAUAAGUGCCUUUAGUAUUUUAAAAACUUCAUGAAAAAUUAAAUUAUACAAACUUUGAUUAAUUUAAAAAAUCUGAUGGUUUCUUACAUAAAACAUUAUAAGUUUGUUUGGAUUGCUAUAUAGUAUUAGGUAUUUAGUUUCUCUUAUUAUUAAAUAAAGUUGCUCAUCAAGAAAAAACUCAAAAAGAUUGUGUAAUUAAUAAAAUCAGCCAUAAUAUUCGAAUUCGAAAAUAAUCUGGAGUAUUUAAUAAUGCCAAACAAUUAAAAACAUAAUAAAAAUCUAAUUUAAAAGAAUAAAAUAAUAAAGUAACUUAGAUUAAAACAACAGAAAGUAAUGGAAGCAAAUAAAUUUAAAAAAUAAGACCGAUACAAAAAUAUAUUAAUAUGAGAUUGUAAAGUUUAAGUCCUUAACUAAAAUAUUCAAUUGAAAUACCUUCAACUGCAGAUUAUUUAUCAUUUAAAACAAAAUCUUCUAAUUAUGACAGCAAUUUAAAAUUAAGAAAUUUGUAUAAUUAGUCUCUACAAACUAAAUUGAAUUCUUGA